GAGACAGAGAAAUAGAGGUUCAGAAAGCAGAGUCCUCAUAGGGUAGCAGCAUCUCAACAAAACACACACGGACGCUCACGCUCAUAGAAGAAGCAGAAAAACAAAGAAGCCAAACACUCUGAAAUCAUCUUCCGUUGAAGAAACAGCAGACACAGAAGGUCUCCAGAUGGGGCCCGGAUUGUUCUGGAACUUCCCCUCCAAGACUAGCUGCACGGUUUCACAGACCCUGCUGCAGACGAUGUUGCUCUCCAAGAUGGCUGGCAUUAAGGAACAGCAAUUCAUCGAGGAGAAGCCGUUACUUCCAGAAACCAGAGGCCAGGAGACAGAAUUGGCGAGAGGAGCAUGUGUGAACGCAGGACCCUGCCCCCAGCCAGCACGCCCUACCCGCAAGUGGCAUGAGAUCGCUCGCCAUUGGCUCGGUGUGACACGCCGCCACCGGACCAGCGGGGGGUGCAUCCUGGAGAACUGUGAGAGCUUCACACCUGUUGGAGACUGGAAGGAACAUGACAUUGAGACUCCCUAUGGGAUGCUGCAUGUGGUGAUCCGAGGGGCUCCAAAGGGCAACAAGCCUGCUAUACUCACAUACCAUGAUGUUGGACUCAAUCAUAAGCUGUGCUUCAAUACUCUAUUUCAUAAUGAGGACAUGCAGGAGAUCACUAAACAUUUUGUGGUUUGCCAUAUCGAUGCUCCUGGGCAACAAGUCGGAGCCCCUCAGAUGCCAGCAGGGUAUCAGUACCCCACCAUGGACCAGCUGGCAGGUAUGCUGCCAAGCGUGGUUCAGCACUUUGGAUUUAAGAGCAUUGUGGGAAUUGGAGUAGGAGCCGGUGCAUACAUCCUUGCCAAGUUUGCUCUGAUCUUUCCAGACCAUGUUGAGGGUUUGGUUCUGCUCAACAUCGACCCAAAUGGAAAAGGUUGGAUCGACUGGGCUGCUUCCAAACUAUCUGGCUUGACCAGCACGUUGCCUGACAUGGUCCUACCUCACCUCUUCAGCCAGGAGGAGCUGAUGAACAACAGUGAGCUUGUGCAGAGCUACCGGCAGCAGAUCAGCAACACUAUCAACCAGUUCAACCUGCAGCUCUUCUGGAACAUGUACAACGGCCGUAGAGAUCUGGAAAUGAAUCGGAGUGGGACUGUGCUCAAUGCAAAGACAAUCAGAUGCCCCGUGAUGCUGGUGGUUGGAGAUAAUGCUCCAGCGGAAGAGGGCGUGGUUGAGUGCAACUCCAAGCUGGACCCAACCAACACCACUUUCCUGAAGAUGGCUGACUCGGGUGGACUGCCUCAGAUUACACAGCCUGGAAAACUGACCGAGGCCUUUAAGUACUUCCUGCAAGGAAUGGGCUACAUCGCGUCUAUAAAGGAUCGGAGGAUGAGUGGAGGGCCAGUGCCCUCUGCCAGUAUGACUCGUCUGGCGCGCUCUCGCACUGCCUCUUUGACCAGCGGCGGCUCCGUGGACGGCUCCCGCAACCGAGCAUGCACACACUCAGACAGCACCGAAGGCGUGGGCCAGCUCAGCCAUACCAUGGAGGUGUCCUGUUGAGCUUACACACAGACACACAGACACACACACAAACACACACACACAUACACACACACACACACACAUGUGUAGAUGGAGGGCAUGAAACAGAUAGCAGUAGGGACUGAGUACAAGGAAAGAGCAGAGCUUUGUUCCUCUGUGUGUUUCUGUUCAGUAAAACCACACACUCCUCCAAUUUCUCUCCCGCUUGUUUCAUGAAUUCUGUUCUUGCUCAAAGUGUAUUCGUGUUUUUUGCUCCAGUGUCUUCCUCUGUACUGCUUACAUCAUCCGAGCCCUAACAACAACUCUCUUUAUUCCCUGCUCUCAUGUCCUAUAUCCAAGAACGACUGGUGGCUUAAGAUAGAUUUUGAGUGGAGAGAAAAGAGAAAGAAAAGAGAAUAAACAGAAAAAAUGGGGAGCGUUGUUUUCUAGUGGAAAAACUGGAGAAAUUCAUGACUAAUCAAUGUGUGCUUUCAUCCACUCAAAAAUAAAAAAAAACAUAAAAAGUCAGCAUAAUCGUCCUGACAUUUUCACCUCCACUGUUGCAAAAUGUGUACGAGUUUUAUUAAAAUUGAGAUGAAUACGUUAGUGGUAAAGUUGCUGCUGUGGUGUUGUAAAAUCUUAUAAUGAUGAAAUGUAUUAAAGCAACAUGAGUUCUGGAUUCACAGUGCAGGCAGUAAAAAGCUAGCUGUCUAAUAUUAUGUAGCUAGCUAAAAAGACAAGGAAAUACACUCAUUAGAUUAAAUGACAACAAAAAAAAAUGGCACAAAUCAGAAAAAAAAUGCAUACCCCCAAGGUUUACAGGUGCGCUUUCUUUUUAUUCAGUCUACUCAAGUUACCAUUGGCCCAGAAAUAUGGCUACUCUUGGGUCUGUUUGAUGUACUGUGGGACUUCAUGCAUUUCUCUUUUUAGGGUUUAUAAGCAGGUAGCAGGUUAAGGGAUGUCCUGUGGCAGCUUUCUGUAAUUCGAGUUUUCUAGAUUGUUUGGUUAUAACCAAUCAGGCUUAAGGAUGUCAGUUCUUAGCCAAUCAUCACAGCUCAUUUGCUCAUGCGUUCAAAAUUCUACACUACCUUACGUUCCUUUCCCUACAAAAGCAGUUAAAGGUGUUGUGCAUCUUGAUAUAUGUUGUUUUGGCAUUAAACUAUUGCAGUGCAUUGUGGGACGUCAAUAGGUGUACAUGAAUUUAGAUAGUAUUAUAAAACUGGAAAACUAAAAAAACAGUAAAAUCGUGUCCACUACCCUCCUCAGUACUACCUGCAUACUCGUUAUAGUGUACAUAAAUAGUAUAAAAGUAAUGACUACUUUAUCUACACUUUAGUAGGUUAACUAUAGUUCCAGCAGUGCCUACUUCAAGUGCACUGUAGUACGUAACUAUAGAGCUUUAGUAUACUAAUGGUAGUGCACUCCUUAGAAAGAGGCUACAACCUAUUAACUGUAGUAUACUCAGCGAAAUGUGUAAAAUCUCCUCUCAUGAACAAUCCAUCAAAUGUAAGUUUCUAACUGAAGUGCUGUCUUUUCUAAGGGUCGCAUACUCCUCGUGCUCAGUAACUCACUGCUCAACCAGUGACUGCUCCACCUGUAGUACACUUACUGUGUAAUAAUGUACACUUCUAUAGCUGUUUUUGACUUAAGUGUCCUCUUUGCAGGAAACAUAAUAUUUACAGUGUGCUACUUAUAAAAUAUUACUCUAAUAACUAUUUUAUUUCUAUGUACUCAUAAUGUGCACACAUUAAUUCUAGUGCACUAGUGUGCGAUAUGUGACUAGUGAUUACUAUUUGACUUUAUUGUUGUAUUGUAGUGUACACUCCUUCAUCCAGCUCUGGUACACUUUACCCACCGUUGACAUACGGUGCACUACUUUGCCAAAGUAUCCUGGUAGUGCAGUCUACUACAGUAAUUUCAGUGUCUACUACUCUACAUUAUAUUUGAUAUGCUCAUCGUAGAGUGCACUCCCCUCUUGCAUGGAAGUGGUUUUGCCUGAGAUCGGUUCUUUACGGUUUCUUUUCUGUAGACAAUCACCCUUCAAAUCGAACCAAACCGGAACCGCGAACUGAGGCUGAAACUGUGUGCAGAUGGAGAGGUCAUAAGUCAGAAGCCAGUCUGUGGAACUGGAACAUGUCAAGGCUGCGACCUUGUUUCCUUGUAUUUUAUGUAUACCAAAGUAACACUAACAGACACACACACACACACACACACACACACACACACACACACACUGGGUACUGUAAUCAGAUAAAUCUUCAGAACAACACAUUCUUACAACAAUAUAAUUGCAUUCUACUCUUCUCUGGCUCCCUGAUAAACAAAUGAAUGUAAUAAUGAGCUGCAUUUCUAAGCACAUGAGCUGUGAGAUGAUUGGCUAAACUGUUCCUGAUUGUGUAUGAAAUGAGAAUGGUUUUGCACUCUCAUUGUGUUCCCUCCCAUUUCACAAACACCUCAACUUCUCUCCCAUUUGCCUUACUGAAUGUCACUUUUCUCACCUUCCUCAAUCUUAGAGGAAGUGAUCUAUUCACUACUGCAGGGGUGUUUCCUGUUCAUUUGUGUCUGUGAGGGGCGGGGCUUUCUGGAGCUUCGUGCUCCAAGCUCAGAAUGUAGGGCAAAUCCCAAACCCACAAAAUUCCCUAUCCUUUAAAAACUCAAAGUGCCCCGUCCCUUACAGACGCUUGCAGUCGCCCCAAAGGGCUAAUCGACUCCUCGUUACCUUGUUAUUGUCGAGGCACCACUCCUAGUGCAGACCUAGAGUGCACAAACUCUGCGUAUGCCGUCCUAAUAGAACCAAUAUGUCAGAUUUAAAAUAAAUUGUCUGUUGUAGGUUAUCUGAAAACGAGAGCAAGUGUGUGUAUGUGUGUGUGUGUGUGUGAGCAAAUGUGGUAGCCAUGAAGGGUGUCUGAGUAUUUGGACGGCAUUUGACUGUGAAACAUUUAUAUUAGAAACAAGGGAAUGAGGUAAUCAUGACACUAAUAACUGAAUUAAUAUUGCACAAGUGUUAAACUGUAGCUCAGAGUGUUUAAAGCAUGUGUAAACAAAUCUAACUAUAAUGUAGAACAGAAAUAGAACAAAGCUCAAAAAACAGAUUUAGGCUUAACAUUGAAUUCAAGUGAAGUAAUAAAAUGAAUGGGUUUUAUUAACAAGCAAAACUAGAGUAAAAACAGACUAGGUUUCAGCCACCAGUAGAAGAACAGUUAUCAAGUUCUGAAGACUGAUAUAUCGGAUAAGAUGUACGUUUCUCCUGCCUCUGUUUGCAUGAUAAUGUAUAAACCCUAGACUGUAUUUUAUUAUUUCUGUCUGCCGGUUUUUAAGCAUGUCUCCUGUUCUCCACAUAGCUGAGUGUUUCCCAUCACUGAUCUGAGAUCAGGUUUUGUCUUUGACAAUGUAGUAAACAGAACUGAUGCCAGAUUUGACAUGAUCUAGCAUGUUGUCAGUGUGGCUCCAUCCCAAACCACGUCGACUACUACUACUACUAGUUCUACUACUACUACUUUGGGUUCAUCACUCUGUGACCUGCUUUUCACUUCCUGAUCUUCACCUUAGCACUCAUCACUCUCUUCUUGCUGUAGAUAUUCGCUGUUUGUAGAUGCUAAUAAUAAUAAUACAAGCAAAAAGAAUUGCUUUGUCUUGUGAAGGUAUACAGUUCACAUUCCCACAGCCCAACUUAUUACUAUUAUUAUUAAUAUUAUUACUAUCCAUCAUUUUGUAUUGAGCAAUAAAUAAGUUAUUGUGUUUUUGAGAUGGUUCUUUCUUUCAGAACUCUAAAAGAAGUUUGUAGAGACAGUAGGACUGAACCUUUCCUGCCUGAUUAAAAACAAGUGUUCAUGUAAAAUGUAAAUCUCCAGUAUAUAGAAGCCAUCAAUAUAUGUGUACUGAUCAUGUAACAAUGAUAAAUAAACAAGAAAGCAACAAUAAAACGUCAUGUUGUCCUG